AUGGCGAACAGUUUAAGUGCUAGGACGUUCUCUGUAAGCAACCUGCAGUUACGGACUCGCUUGACUCCCAUAAAAAGUGAACUAGGGUUACCCCUUAGAGGACGGAAAGGGCCAAAGAAGCUAGUCCUGACAAUUGCAAUGCUCAACGUCAGAAGUAUGACAGGUAAAGGACGAGAGCUCGUCGAAUUCAUAGAGAUCCGAACGAUUGGUGUGCUUUAUCAGCAAGAAACUUGUUGGAAAGGUAAUAAGUCGAGAGAUCUUGAAGAUGGAUGCAAGUUACUAUGGAGCAGAAAUGGAGUGGGUAUUAUUUUGAACAACUGGAAGGAAGGGUUUCUAUAA